AUGCUCGGCGCGCUUGGCAUCGUCUUCCCCGAGCUGCUGGCGCGCAACGGCGUGCCGCUGCAAGAGGCAGUGUGGUUCAAGGCGGGCGCGCAGAUCUUCUCCGAGGGCAGGCUCGACUACCUGGUCAACCCCGCGCUCAUCCACGCGCAGAGCAUCCUCGCCACGCUCGCCGUCCAGGUGGUGUUGCUGGGCGCGGUGGAGAGCUACCGCGUGGGCGGGCUCGAGGGGUUCCAGGAGGUGGAGGAUCCGAUCUACCCGGGCGGCGCGUUCGACCCGCUGGGGCUGGCGGACGAACCCGACGCGGCGGCGGAGCUGAAGGUGAAGGAGCUCAAGAACGGGCGCCUCGCGCAGGUGUCGGCGCUGGGCUUCUUCGUGCAGGCCAUCGUGACGGGCAAGGGGCCCCUCGAGAACCUCGCGGAGCCCCCUCGGGAGAACGAGGAGCAGGGAGAAAGGAGAGUGGGAAGAGAGGAGAGCAGAGAGUAA